AUGGUUGUAGAUAAACAAUAUCAGCAUUUAAUUGCUUGGACAUACACUGGCACCUCUUUUAUCGUUUGCAAUAUCACUGAAUUUUCAAGGGAUGUCUUGCCAAAGCAUUUCAAACAUAACAACUUUAGCAGCUUUGUUCGACAAUUAAACAUGUAUGGUUUUCAUAAAGUCAACAAAUCGCCAAGAGGGCAUCGUACGUUAGCAGAGAAUCAGAUUUGGGAAUUUUCGCAUCCCAAGUUCUUGAGGAAUCGACCUGAUUUAUUAGACGAGAUCAAGCGAAAGGCACUGGAAUCCGAAUCAGUAAGAAGAGACACAAAUGAUAUCAGCUCUCACAUGGCCAUGAUGCAAAUGUCACAAUCAGAUAUGAUGCAGCAAAUAUCACAUCUACAGGAGAAUUUGAAUCAGGUCAUGAACGAAUUAUCAGAGACAAAAAAGCGACAAAAUGUACAACAACAAAUGAUGAAGGAUAUGAUGGAUUUUAUGACAAAACAGUAUGGUACUUCAUUCUCCAGCAUGGACAUGUUUGGUAUGAAAGCAGAUCCUGAUAGACCACCGCCACCUAUUUUCAUUACCUCUGCCGAUCAUAGUCAACAACAGCAACAGCCCAACUUUUACUUGAAUAUCAAUGAUCAGCCUCCCUCUACGCCUAAUUCUCCAUUAUCCACCGCCUCAUCACCAAGAUCGGCCCAUGCUUCUAGUAACAACAAUAAUAAUAACCCACAAUUAUCUGUACAGACUCAAAAUCUUCAACAACAACAACAUCAACAGCAAUUAGCCAUUCAUCAAUUUCCUCCGCAACAUCAAAUAAAUCCUUCAUUAACGCCCACCUAUCAACAAGCUAUUGAUACACCUCUGCCGCCAAGUCCAUGUCCAAGUUCGGGUCAAUUUCUAGAUGAUGAUGGCUCAAACCAAUCCAUGUACCAUCCAAGAAGUCCAAUGUUGGGGCCCAAUGCGUACAUGAUGGACGCUCAACAACAAAGACAACAGCAGCAACAACAACAACAACAACAACAACAACAGCAGCAGCAACACCACUACCACCACCACCACCAUCAACAGCAGCAUUACAAUAAUAACUCUUUUUAA